GCGGAAACGCGAGGACGAGCUUGAGGCACCUCGUUCGACUCGGCGCGAUACGAACUCCUCUGCGUCUGAUGUUGUACUCGGUACACCAUCGACGAAGCGCGAGUAGUGCUUGCCCGUAAAUUAACGAAAGCUUCUUCGUGUGCUGCAAAGUUGCAGCUAUGACCGUAGCUCCGGGCGAGUUGCCCAAGGAAAUUGCUUCUGCGGUCACUCCCACGCUGGGACCUCUACAAUUAGCCUGCGACACAGAGAUGAUUCUACCGCCGUUGGCCGUGAUCUUCGACGAGGAACCGCUCCAUUGCAGUAUGGUUUCUCGCCUGUCAUCAAGCGGGUUCCCCUUGGCAUGGUACAGUAUCAACUCAAAUGGUGGUAUGACAUCAAAUUUACGUGGAGUACGAGCACGCACGCCGCGUCAUGCCGCUGAAAUUGCAGCUCAUCUCCCCUGCUGUACGUCGUCGAGUCCUGGUACGAAGUCAACUAAAUCCAUGUCAAAAGACGUGUAUGACAGAGUGUUCAAGACCCAAGUAGCUGACAAAUUUCUCACGCGAGUUAACCCUGUAUUGUUACUAGUUGCGGUGGCAGGUGACUUUAUGAUAGACAUAGCGAUUGAGCGCUUGCUCACGGGGGAACGUGGCGCUUCGUCUGUAUACCUGGACCAUAAUUUGCUGGCCGGAAGUGUGUUAGUGCUCAUAGGUCCAAUGUCAGAGGCGACUGCUUCAAGUGCACGAAGAAGAUGUAAGCGCUAUGGUGUUGCACUUGUUGUAGCAGCUACCGAGGGUAACGAUAUCAAUGCGGAGGAAGGAACUCUUCAUUUUUGGUGCGCAGCUGAAACAGAAAUGUCCGUGCGGGGUGCGUGGUCAUUAUUCAGUACCCUGGCAAGUACUGUAUUCAUUGUCGGGACAGAUCAGCGCGACGCCUGCUGCGCUCGACUUGCACGUGCACUAGCAGGAACCCUUCAUGACUUUGAUUUCUCUGUUCUGCAAACGAGCGGAGCUUCUUUUGCUAUGAUUGCUGCGGAACGCCGCUUGUCGGUACUAGAGGUCCUGCUCGGCAAGCUUCGUGCUUCUGCAGCUCAAGAAAAUUUAAAUAGUUCUGACAAACAACCACUUGAUAGUGCCGUAGUAAAUGGCACUGAAGCAAUGCUCGAGAACAAAUCUAAUCACACACUGCGUGUAGAGCUUGAUACGCUUUGGCAAGAAUUUGAAGAUCAGUUAUUCGCAUCAGGUACACUGCGCAAGAAGUUGAGUCAAGCAGCACACUGUAUACAAGAUGCAAAAGUGAUCAAGAAAAUACUUGAGAAAGUCGUGGGUGCUAAUCAUGGGAAACAAGUGGUACACGCGAACAUGAAUAAUUUACUUACUGAGCUGCAGGCUGUCCUAUUCACAGAGAGGCAGAUCCGUCAACAGUUACAGCGAAGGUUCAACAGUGCUGAACAAGUAGCAAGCGUGCACCAUUCCCAAUUGAAGGCACAUGUAGCUAACCUUGAACAUCGUUGUUCUCUAUUAGAGAACGAGCAAACGUUGAAAUCCAACUCGGCAGCAUGCAUUCGUGAAAUGCAUGAUGGAGAAUUCACAGGUGAAGAUGAUCUCAAGGUCGUUUGUGCGAAGUUCGAGACUUUAAGACGAAAUUUUGCUCUGGAAAGGUCGUCAUAUAUACUGGCCAUCAAGGCCGCUGAGAACGCCGAGCGGAUCGCACUUGUACGCGCAGAGAAGGCGAAAUCUGCCGCGUCGAUGUCUGCGUCCUUCGAAGAGCGUGCAUUAACAGAGC